CUUAACCCAACAACAAAAAGAACAAGAAAAUUUACUAAAAACUCACCUGGAUUCAUUAAGCAAACAACAAAAAUCUAGUAGUGAAAGCCAAGAAAAAUUACUCCAAUUACGAUUAGAUUCUUUCGGGCAAGAACUAAAAUCGAGUAAGGAAGCUUUAAGUCAAAUUAAUAAUCUCUUACUUACUCCUUUUAAACGGGGACGGUUGGGUAAUAUUCAACUGGAUCGUUUACUAUCACUUUAUUUACCCAAAGAUGAUAGAAUUUAUCGUUUAGAAUACACUCUCAAAAAGAAAACUGCCAAAGGCGAAGGCUUACGACCUGAUGCAAUUAUUUUUGGGAUUGAACAAAAGAACAAUUUAGUUAUCGACAGUAAAUUUCCUUUUGAAAAUUAUCUCUCGGCCGGACAAGAGGGACUUUCUCCGGUUGAGGAAGAAGAAAGAACUAAAAAAUUCAAAGAAAACUUAAAGACUCACAUUAAAAAAAUCGCUGAAUAUAUUUCUCCUCUGGAUAAUACUAAGCAUGUUAUCAUGUUUAUUCCUAGUGAAGUAGUUUUUGCUAAGAUUAACGAACAAAGUUAUUACGAUAUAAUUGAAUUCGCUUUGGCUAAGAAAGUUUCUUUGUGUUCCCCGGUUACCUUGGCUAUUAUUGUUAAUCAAGUUUUAUGA